AUGGUGCACCGGUCAGCAAUGUCGGCGUUCCGCCCUGGUGCCGUGUGGAGCGGUGUGUCCGAGUGCGCACGCGGCGAGAGCGGCCGUCGCGUGGGCAAGGUGUUGCUGGGCGCCGCCCUGCUCGGCAUCGGCCUCAAAGUGUACGGCCGCUACAGGCGCUACCAGCGCCGGCAGCGCUGGAACCAGGCCGGGAAGGACGUGGUGGUGCUGCACCAGUUUGAACGCGCCACCAACUUCCCCAAUCUGUCGCCGUUCGCACUGAAGCUGGAGACGUUCCUGCGCAUGGCCGGCAUCAAGUACGUGGUGGACACGGAAGAGCCACAGGGGUCACGCAACAAGUGCCCUUGGAUCACCUUCAACGGGCAGGAGCUGUCCGACUCGGAGCUUAUCAUCGACUUUCUGACGCAACACUUCGGGAAGCCGCUGAAGGAAAAGCUCACGCCAGCAGAGCAUGCCGUGGGGCGAGCCGUUCAGGUGAUGCUCGACGAGCACACCAUUAUGGCCGUGGCGUACAAACGCUACGUUCUCGACGGGUGGUCCUACAUCAUGGGGCGCUUCCCCAAGAAGUAUCGGCUCAUGCUCAGGCUCAUGAUGCCAAUAAACUUCCCGAAGAUAAAACAUUUGUUCUACACUGUUGGCAUAGGCCGCUUCAGCGAGGAGGAGACAAUGUUUUUCCUGCGUCGUGAGCUGCGGGCGCUGGAAGAUGUACUCGGCGACAAGCCGUUCCUGCUGGACAGUACGCCGACCACGUACGACGCGGCUGCGUUCGCCGAGCUGACCCAAGUCAUAUACGGUUGCGCACCGGAGGUGGAGCGCUACGUUCGCGCUAACUACGACGCUUUGGUGCAAUACCACGAGCGUAUGAAGGACAAGUACUGGCCCGACUGGGAACAGUGCCGAGCCGAGUAG